AUGUUAAAACGUUACAUAUGUGGAGCACCAGGCUCAAAUCACACCAUAUCCGAUCAGCUGAAUGAAGUAUGUUUUUCAGAGUUGGUCCCAACCCUUACCGCCGAUACGGACGGCUUUUCGUGUGAACGUUGUGGAAAGGUCUUCAGCUAUUCAUAUUAUCGUGAUAAACAUCUCAAAUAUACAAGAUGUGUUGACAAUGGCGACAGGAAGUUUCCGUGUCCAAUCUGUCCGAGAUCAUUUGAAAAAAAGGAUCGACUUCGUAUUCAUUGCCUUCAUGUACAUGAAAAUCAUCGACCGCAUCUGUGCAAUGUCUGUGGCAAGGCAUUCAGUCAAUCCAGCAGCCUUAACAAGCAUUUGCGGGUCCACUCAGGCGAGCGGCCGUACAAAUGCCCAUUUUGUCCGAAGGCAUUUACAGCGUCUUCUAUACUUCGUACCCACAUGCGACAACAUAGUGGAGAGAAGCCGUUUAUGUGUGCAUAUUGUGGGAAGUCGUUCGCAUCUCAUGCUGCUCAUGAUAGCCACGUUCGACGAAACCAUGAAGUUCAGAAGAAGUGA